CCUGGUCGGAGGCCAAGGCAGGCCCAUAAAUAGGGGUCUCCCCGGAGCCUCUGCUCCUCCCGCAGCCUCCCUGGCCCCGGACACACUGCUGGCCCCAGGCCUGGGACAGUCCCGCGCGGGGAGAAUGGCUGCUCGGCACAGGCUGUGGCGGGGGCUGGUCCUGCUGGGGGUCCUGCUGGGGGUCCUCCAGACCCAGGCCCAGGUGCCCCUGCAGCCCAACUUCCAGCAGGACAAGUUUCUGGGGCGCUGGUUCACCACGGGCCUCGCCUCCAACUCGAGCUGGCUCCGGGAGAAGAAGGCAAAGCUGUUCGUGUGCAGGUCGGAGGUGACCCCGGCCGAGGACGGCGGCCUCAACGUGACCGUCACCUUCCUCAGGAAGAACCAGUGUGAGACCCGCACGAUGCUGCUGCGCCCCUCGGCCGCCGCCGGCCGCUACAGCUACACCAGCCCCUACAAGGGCAGCACCCACGAGCUGGGGGUGGCGGAGACGGACUACGGGCGCUACGCGCUGCUCUACACCGAGAGCCCCGGGCUGGACUUCCGCAUGGCCACGCUCUACAGCCGCAGCCAGAGCCCCGGGCCCGCCCUGGAGGAGAAGUUCACCGCCUUUGCCAAGGCCCGAGGCUUCACAGAGGAGGCCAUUGUCCUGCUGCCGCCGCCGGAUAAGUGCCUGGAGGAGCCCGAGUAGGGGCGGCCUCAGACUGGACGCUGGACCCGAGAGGAGCUGUGCCCACGACAGGCCCCCCGGCCGGUGCCCUCGGCCCCCAGGACCCGGCUAGCGCUUUUCCUCCAGGCCCCAAGCCCCCCGCCUGCCUCCCCCCACCCCUGCCCGCGGCUUCAUCCGGCUGAGAAAUAAACUUUGGACGCGGUCGUCCGCCUGCUCUGU